AUGGUGAAGGGUGACUGCAUACGGGCGGCCCACCUGCUCAUCAAGUUUGAUGGGAGCCGUAACUGCGUUUCUCACCGGACAGGGAAGAGCACCGCAGAUCUCACGUACGAUGCGGCGCUUGCUGAACUGAAGCAGUGGGCGAAGAGGAUAGCGGAUGGCGAGAUAACAUUUGAGGAUGCGGCCCGCCAGCGCAGUGACUGUGGCAGCUACAACAGCGGUGGCGACUUGGGGUUUUUCGGCCCCGGUGUAAUGAUGAAACCGUUUGAAGACGCCGCUCGUUCGCUGAAUGUGGGAGAAGUCAGCGGUGUUGUGCGGACAGAAAGUGGUCUCCACAUUAUCAAGCGGCUCGCGUAG